CGCACCAGUUUCUCGGUGAGCCUAUUUACGUGCGACACAAACGGCUACACAUGUGGGGGCAAUCAUGGCUAGUGGAGAUGUGUUAAGUGUGCUGGAGGAGUGUGUAAAGAAAAUAAAUGCCAGCACAGCACAGCCCGAAAACUUCCUGAGCCUUCAAGAUGAAGUGGCAGCGGACUUUACCUCCCUCACAAAGGCCCUGUACGACCUCCACAAAGCUCAGGAACCUGCAGAUUAUAAAGGAAGCCCACUGGCUCAGCUGGUUGUUGAAAACUUUGAUGAAGAACAGAUUUGGCAAGAACUAGAGCUGCAGAACAAUGCUGUACUGAAACACUUUAAAAAUGCCAUAGACGAGGCUUUAGCAGAUGAGACAUUAACUGUGCUGGAGGAAGAGGAGGAGGAGGAGGAGAGUGGUCAGGAAGUAGCAGCAGCAGAUGAUGAUGAUGAUGAUGAUGAUGAUGAUGAUGAAGAACAACAACAGUUGGAACCACCGAGACGGUCUAGAAAAAUGGCUAUGGAGGUAGAGGAUAACUCAGAGGAUGACUCUGAUUUGGAUUUUGAUGUGGAUGCUCUGGAGAAACAAGAGAAACAGAAGAAGGAGAAGGGAAGGAAAGCCUCCAAGGUGAAGGUGGUGCCCUCUGAGGUUGAUGAUAAGUUCUUUAAGCUGUCAGAGAUGGAGGAAUUUCUGGACGAUAUGGACAAGCGAGAGGGAAAGGAGGAUGAGGACGAAGAUAACAUAGACUAUUUUCAGGAUCUGCCCUCCGAUGAGGAUGAUGAUGAUAUUGACCUUGAACAAAUGAUUUCCUCCAAAAAACAAAAGCGAAAAGCUGUGAAGAGCUCCAGGAAUCUCAAGUACAAGGACUUCUUUGACGCCGUGGACAGCGAACCAGCUAAAACAGACGACCAGUCAGAUGGAGAGGAUGAUGGCAUGGAUGAAAGCCAGGAAGAAGGUGAAGAAGAAAUGGAUGACGAAGAAGAUGACUAUGAUGGUGAAGAGGAGGGUGAUGAUGAGAACGAGGAGAGGGGUCAGUCCAGGUCAGCUCAUAAGAAAGUGACCUUUAAUCUCUCGGGUGAUGAAGACAGCGAGGGAGAGGAUCUGGAGGACAUUUUGGGAGGAAAAGCUAAAAGCUCAGCAAAGUCUGAAGCAAAGUCAUCGUUUGAGAAACGGCAAGAAAAGAUGUCGGAGAAGAUUGAAGAGCUGGAGAAAGCCGCUUUAGCAGAGAAGCCCUGGCAGCUGUCUGGAGAAGCAACCGCACAGACCCGUCCAGAAAACAGCAUGCUGGAGGAAGACGUGGAGUUUGAGCAGACAUCCAGGAUGGCCCCUGCCAUCACAGAGGAAACUACACUACAGCUGGAAGACAUCAUCAAACAGAGAAUUAAAGACCAAGCAUUUGAUGACGUGGUCCGCAAAGAGAAACCUAAGGAGGAGGUGUUUGAGUACAAGAAGAGGCUCACGUUGGACCAUGAGAAGAGCAAACAGAGUUUAGCAGAAAUCUAUGAGCAAGAAUACCUCAAGCAGACUCAGCAAAAGACCGAGGAGGAGGAGAACCCAGCCCAUGUAGAAAUUCAAAAACUUAUGGACACACUCUUCUUAAAGUUGGAUGCUCUCUCCAACUUCCACUUCACACCUAAACCGCCCGUUCCCGAGGUCAAAGUGGUGUCUAAUUUACCAUCUAUUACGAUGGAGGAGGUGGCUCCUAUCAGCACUAGCGAUGCUACGUUACUCGCACCAGAAGAAGUCAAGGAGAAGAACAAAGCAGGAGAUCUACUGGGCACUACAGAGAAGACGUCAACAGACAAGAAGCGCGAGAGGCGCCACAAAAAGAAGGUUAAGCGUCUGAAGAUCAAGGAGAAGGAAAAGAGACAGAAACUUAAAGAAGCAAAUAAAACUGGGGCGAACAAAAAGCCAUCAAAGGCUGAAGUCACAGAAACCCUUAAGAAAGUAACAAAAGGAGGCAAAGCGACGAUACUCAAGGAUGAGGGGAAGGACAAGGCUCUGCGGUCCUCUCAAGCGUUCUUCUCUCAGCUGCAGGACCAGGUCAAAAGUCAGAUCAAAAGUGCAAAGGACCAGUCUUCUAAGAAGAAGAAAAACAAAGAUGUUUCUGCCAGCAAACUCAAGUUGUAAUAACUGUCAUGAAUUGUUAGGAAUUAGCAAUCAUUUAUUGUACAUAUUUUUUGAGAAAGCUACAAAAUAUUACAUCUUAAGUUCUUCUUACAUAUUUUCAUUAAAGUGAAUCUGGUUUUCAGAUGUGCUGGUGUUUUGUUUUUGUUAGGUUUUUUUGGGGGGCCAAGAAUGAG